AUGAGGAGUUGUAGGGUCGUGGUGCAGCAGCUGCGCCCCGUCUUCAACCCUUCCAUUUCUCCCCAAUUUCAGGGGAUUAGCUUUAGGAGUAGUUAUUUUGGUGGCCACAUUAGUUACAGCCAUAACCCUCCUUCUUCAUCCCUCCGAAUACGCGCAGCUCCUCUAUCCUCCACCAAUCAUCAGAGUCAGGAUGCUUCUCCUACUGAUCCACUCGAGAUCAAGGAUGAUCAAGUUGACGGCUUUCAACUCAUUCAAUCUCAUCAGGAAAAAGCAGCUAGAUUGCCUCCUAUAGAGGAAAUUAAAACGAUUCUCAGUCACACCUCACGCGGGGUGCUCUCUACUGUGUCCCUGAAGUACAAUGGGUAUCCAUCAGGGUCCAUGGUGGACUUUGCUUGUGAUGCUUUUGGGUCUCCACUGUUAGCUGUUAGUAGUUUAGCAGUUCAUACGAAGGACCUUUUAGCUAAUCCCAAAUGCUCGUUGCUUGUAGCAAAAGAUCCUGAGGACAGGAGUGACCUAGUUAUUGUUGUUCAUGGUGAUGCCACACCAGUUAGUAAAGAUGAUAAGGAAGCUGUUCGGACUGCAUAUUUGUCUAAACAUCCUAAUGCAUUCUGGGUUAACUUUGGUGACUUCCAAUUCCUGCGUAUUGAACCUCAAGUUGUUAGAUAUGUUUCAGGAGUUGCAACAGCUUUAUUAGGAUCAGGAGAGUUUACCAAGGAUGAAUUUAGAACAGCAAAGGUGGAUCCUAUAUAUCAGUUUUCCAAACCUAUAACGUCCCACAUGAAUAAAGAUCACUCAGAUGAUACAAAGCUGAUUGUGCAGUACUCUACCUCCAUCCCGGUGGACUACGCUUACAUGUUAGACAUGGACAGUCUGGGGUUCAAUGUGAAGGCCGGUUAUCAGGGGAACACUUUCAAGCUCCGUAUCCCAUUCACGAGGCGAGCUGGAGACAGAAAGGAUGUGAAAACACUCAUAGUAGAAAUGCUUCAAACUGCCAGAGCCCAAGCAUCUGAAUAA